AUGCGAACUUGUUAGUAGAGGGCGACGAAUAAAAACAUGCAUUGAAGUACCUAUCUGAAGCUCAAAAAAUUAAUUCAAAUCAUUGAUCUUUCUAGCACACCAGCGAAAGGCGAGACCAGUAAAAUGGCUAAGUGUGUAAAUCGAUGUCGCAAAGCAUUCCUUGCAAUUUUCCUUGCAGCGGCCGUAGCGUUUGCACCAGCCUCGGCACAGGAGGUGUUCAUGCCAAACCAGUUGGACGCUGUUCCAAGUGUUCUUAUCAUUGGAACGGCUAAAGGUGGCACGACGGACCUCUACAAGCAGCUCACCGAUGAGGAUGUCAACAACGCGCCAGGACGGCCCGACCCGCCAUUUCCGCUCAAUGCCAUUAAGGAGCCCUCGAUGCUCAAUCGGGGCGGCAUUGAAGGCAAGCUGGUGCCAAUGCAGCCCCUUUACUUCGAGUACCUUCAGCUGCUGAACCACCCCUGCAGCAGAGUCGGCCCUGACGAGUUCAAUGAAUGCCUGGCCUCCCGGGGCAGUUCGGAGCUCACGCUCGAUGCCUCACCCGAUUAUUCCUACGACUUUUUGGCCCCGUUCUAUCUGAAGCAGCUGAGUCCCUUGUCGAAGAUUGUGAUGAUGAUUCGAGAGCCGGUGGAGCGCGCUGAGGUGCUGUACCGCCACUACAAGCUGACGCAGUGGCUGUACCCGGGGGCUGCCUCUCGCACGUGUGCCCCCGCUCUUUAUCACUCCUUCGACCUUCCCUUGCCACUCGCCAACCGGACUGCAUGGGGCCUGUCUAACGCACAGGGCAAGUGGCUAGACAAGGGCAUCGACGUCCUCGCCAGAGGUUUCCUCGAGGCCGUCCAGGGCGAUCGCGAAGCGCUCGCCACGCUGCAGCGCGCCCUAAAUUGUCCUCCGGCAGAUGUGGCGUGUCAGGCAGAUAACUGGCGGGACAUUUCCACGCAACCCCUAAUGCAGCCCAUGGAGCACCGACUGUUCAUGGGUGGUCUGUACCGUUACAUGAUGGCCAUGUGGCGGCGUGUCUACUUCCAGCCCGGGAGGGUGAUGCUGAUCGACUCUCAGGCCUACUAUGAACGACGUUACCCUGUGAUGGAGAAGGUCAUCCGUUACCUGUACGGCAGGCCGAUGCUUAAGGAGGAGCGUGAGAUAGCGGCCAGCGGGUUGGUCUGGCGCAAGGCAGGAGUACCGCCGUUGUCGGGCGUGAAGCUAUCCAAAGAUGUAGGGCAACAACUGGCGGAGUUUUACAAUCAGCACGUGAUGCAAGGCUUCUUCCGCAUGCUGACGGACAUGAGCGCUGAGGGCGCCUGGGUGGCGGGCUUCGACAGCGAGCCCUGGGACCAGUGCCCCGGCUUUGCAGAGUUCAACCGCGACCGAACGCGUCGUCAUUAG